GCUGGUCGCGGCGGCUUUGGUGAGCGAACCUUGCGUGGGCACCGGCACAGCCAUGGACCCCUUCACCGAGAAACUCCUCGAAAGAACGCGCGCCAGGCGAGAGAAUCUGCAGAGGAAAAUGGCAGAGCGGCCCAAGGCGGGGGUGAGACCCACAAUGCAGACCAAGAGGGCCAGAGAGCCUUUGGCAGAAACUGGUAACCAGGCACCUCUUCCCAGUGACGAAGUAAAACCAGAUACAAAGCCAUCACCAUCAAAAAGGCUCUGCCCUAAUGAUACCGAGACUCAAGCAUCUACUUCAGAGAACGUCCAGCCAGUUCCUUCAAGUUCCAGAAGCCAUGUUUCUCCUCAGAUGACUUCAGAAUCACACGAAACUGCUUCUAACAGAGCUUCAUUGCUUCAGCCUCUUGAGAAAGUAAAACCAAACACCACAUCGGAAACUCCUGCAGCCCUUUCAGUCAAAACACGUAUGCAGAAGUUGGCAGAACAGCGGCGCUGCUGGGAUAGUGAGGAUCCCUCUGAAUGUGUUCCUCUGUCUCCUCUCCUCUCAAAAGAUCUGUCUGUUUCUCCACCUAAGCAGACCUCUAAUGCCCCGGCAAGUGGAACCCCUAUUGGGAGAAGAGGCCGUUUAGCUAACCUUGCUGCUACAAUUGGUUCCUGGGAAGAUGACCUAAGUCAUCCAUCUGCAAAGCAAAACAAUGCACAAGAACAGCCUGGCACUACUUGUUUAUCCAAAUUGUCCACUACAAGUGAAGCAUCUGCUAGAAUCAAUAGUAGCAGUGUAAAGCAGGAAGCUGCAUCCUGUUCUCAAAGGCUUGUUGAGGCUUCUAUUAAUAAACCAGCAAAUUCAAAGAGAGCGGAUCCAAACAAUUUUUUAACACAAUCUUCAAGAGUCACUGCUCCCUGUUCUAAAGAAUCUGAAGUACAACGACAAGCAGCAGACAAUCCCUGCAGUCCUUGGAAAACUGAAGAGCGUACACAAACAGCGAAGUCAGCUUUGCCUCAACCGGUUCAGUCCAAAGCAGAGCCAGUCAAAGGAACACAUGUGCAACUUGAACCUAAGGGUAAACCCACAACACCAGGGGGAUCAGGAAUUAAGCCGUUCCUGGAACGCUUUGGGGAGCGCUGUCAAGAGCGUAGCGCACGCAGCCCUGCUCCGAAUACUCCAGGGUGCAGAACACCCAUUGUUACCCCAAAUACAAGAACAAUCCAAGAGAGGCUUCUCAAACAAAAUGAAAAUUCCUCUACUGCCAGUUUAGCGCUUCAGCUUAAGCAGGAACGUGAGCGAGAACUCGCAUGCCUUCGUGGCCGAUUUGAUAGGGGCAAUCUGUGGAGUGCGGAGAAAAGUGACAGUUCAAAGAGGAAGCUUCCAGAAGCUAAAAUGGAAAGCCAAUCUCAGGCUAGUCCAAAACAUCCUCCUAGUUCAGAUGCCUCUGCUCUUGGAUCAUCAGAAGACACAUCAGCAAGUGACAGGCCAGCAAAGUCUCCCAGCGUGGAGUCUUCGGAUACUUCUAAAUGUGAAGAGGCUGAUAAACCCAGUCCUCUGAAGAUUGCUGAGUCAAAGAGCCCUGUAAAAGUGAUAUCUGUCUCAAAACUUGAACAACUCGAUGAGAAACCAAAAGAUGAAGUAUUUGAGGGCAAAAAGCAUGCAGAUGAUGAGAUGAAUAGCUCAAGAGUGAUAAAUGAGAUUUUUGAAAUUCUUCAAGAGGAUGGUCCAGACAUAGAAAAGCUGAAGAAAGAAAUGAGCAUGAGCCUGGAAGGUGAAAGUGAUGAGGAUGAGCAGGAAGAGUCACUGAACAUUUCAUCAAUGUCUCUGUUAACCCCUCUAGUGGAAUCUGUUGGCUCAGAGGCCUUUGGUUCUCCUAAGUCAACUGAGGAAGGUAGCAGUAUCAGUGAUGUAAGUCUGAAGUCUGAGAAGUUCCAAAGGACUAGAGUUCCCAGGGCAGAAUCUGGAGACAGUAUCGGCUCUAUGUCAGAAGAUCGCAACCUCCCUUACAGUGUCGAUGCGUAUAGAUCGCAAAGAUUUAAGGAAACUGAUCGUCCUUCAAUAAAGCAAAUAAUUGUUCGCAAAGAAGAUGUUGCUUCCAAACUAGAGAUGAGAAGAAAUGGUCCAUCUGAUCAAGUCAAUAUCAAAAAGAAGAUGCAGGAAUUGAACAAUGAGAUCAACAUGCAACAGACAGUGAUUUAUCAAGCCAGUCAAGCUCUGAACUGCUGUUUUGAUGAAGAGCAUGGGAAGGGGUCACAAGAAGAAGCAGAAGCAGAGAGACUUCUUCUCUUUGCAACCGAGAAGAGAACGGCUUUAUUGGAAGAAUUGAAUAAACUGAAGAGUGAAGGACCUCAUAAUAAAAGAAAUAAAGCUGCUUCUACAUCCACUGAAUUUGCUCCCUCCAGGGGAUCUGUUUCCAUUUCAGAAAUGCGUCUACCUCUAAAAGCAGACUUUGUAUGUGGUACAGUUCAAAAGCCAGAAGCAGGAAAUUACUACUAUGUAAUAAUACUGAGAUCUGGAGCAGAAAACAUGGUUGCAACUCCAUUAGCAAGUACUGCCAGUUCCCUGAAUGGAGAUGCUCUUACUUUUACUACGACGUUUACUAUGCACAAUGUGUCAAAUGACUUUGAAAUAAAUAUAGAAGUUUACAGUUGGGUGCAGAGAAAAGAAGUUACAAGCACUGAUAAAAGGAAAAAGGCAAAUAAAUCUAAGGUUAUUACUCCAAAGAGAUUAUUAACAUCUAUUACCUCGAAAAGCAACCUUCUUACACCAGCCAUGGCCAGUCCAGGUGGCCCGAAUGCCAUACGCAGUACAAAUUUCAUCCUUGUUGGAUCCCACAAGUUAUCGCUGUCUUCCAUAGGAAAUACCAAAUUUGCACUGGACAAGAUAAAUUUUGAAGGGGUGGAAAAAGAACUCUUGGGCUAUAUGUUCCAGGACAAGGUUCCCUUUUUGUCUCCUUUGGAAGGUCAUAUAUAUCUGAAGUUGAAAUGCCAAGUGGACUCUUUGGUGGAGGAGAAAGGGUUCUUGACUAUGUUUGAAGAUGUCAGUGGAUUUGGAGCGUGGCAUAGGCGCUGGUGUGUGCUGUCUGGAAAUUGUAUCUCCUAUUGGACAUACCCAGAUGAUGAGAAACGAAAGCAUCCUUUGGGCCGGAUAAACUUGGCUAACUGCACUAAUCAUCAGAUUGAACCUGCUAACAGGGAGUUCUGUGCCCGUCCCAACACUUUUGAACUAAUAACUGUCCGACCUCAAAGAGAAGAUGACCGUGAGACGCUUGUCAGCCAAUGCAGAGACACACUCUGUGUUACAAAGAACUGGCUGUCUGCUGAUACUAAAGAAGAGCGUAACCUUUGGAUGCAAAAGCUCAACCAAGUCCUCAUUGACCUUCGCAUGUGGCAGCCUGAUGCCUGCUACAAACCUACUGGAAAGCUUUAAACUCAGGAAGGGAGCUACACAAGAAAAUAAUUUAAAUGAAAAUGGGGGAAGUCUUCUGGGUCACUUAUGCUUUAAGUUUGAGAGAGUAUUUAACAUUAUACAGGACUAUGUUAUUGCAGUAUUUUUAUUUCACUUAAAAAAUUUUAAAACCUUUUUACUUCCUAGUUUUGAGUAUGGUAGGAAGCAAUUAGCUGUUUCUAAAUGUGCUAAAUAUUUAUAUAACUACUUUUGGAAGUCUUUUAGCUAGGUGCAUUCUCUUUUUCAAACAACUAAAUUAUUGCAGGAAAUCUCACUUCAGGGCAGGAAGGGAUGCACUAGCUAGUGAAAGAAAGCAAGUUUUCUAGGUAACUCAGCUCCCUGAAAGAAGCAAUAGUUCAAAAUACUCUUAACAAGGAUGCUGCUGAGGCACAGGAUUUAAUAUUGUAGCAUUUUUUGGGGUUCUUUUGUAAUGAUCAGGCACAGAAGUAGCUAGUCAAUUUUACUCUACAACAUAUGCAGUAUAGAUAAUUCUGCUUGUACAGCAUCCUUGUGGUCAGAACAAAAGACAUGCACAAAAUAUUCAUACUACUUUUGCAAUUUCUCAUACAAACUAGUAUGGAUAGUGCAUGGCAUGUACACUAUGUGAUUUGCAGGUGUGGAAUUACGUUUGCAGUAUAAUGCACUUUGAUAGAAAUGGAAGGUCUUGAAUAUUUUUGUUAGAACUAAAAUAAUCAAACAGAAAAAUUUAGGUUUAGUGUUGUAUACAUCAGUAUUUCCUGGGACUUGUGGUUUUUACAAGCGAGAAUUCUCCAUUUGAGGACCAGGAAUAGGUUAAUAGGUCGUAAUAGUGCCCUUUUUUGUGUUUUGUUUAAUAAUAAGACUUUACAAAGCUGCUAUGUACCAACUAAUACUCCGCUGGCUGAAAGAAUGGGUCUUGCUUCCCUUGAUGGACCUGUCCACAAAUGCAUAUAAAAAGUACUUCGGACCUAUCAUAAAAAUGGCAACAUUUCUCAGCUAAAACUUACAGUUUUCACAGCUUUUCACUGAGUAUAUUUAAAUACCAACUCAUUACUUCACUUGGAAUGCAGUAGUGGAAAACUUAAGAUUGCUAUUGCUGUUAUAUAUUCACACUCGAAACACUAAAUUCUGUUACCUUAUACUGUUUUCAUCCUGCCCCUUUUGUACUUGCUUUUAAAUUUCAUUUUAUUUUCUGAUGUCUUUAAAUAUUUCCAAACUAUGUAUUGAGAUUUAUUUUAUCCAUUUAAAAUAAAAAGUAAAACCCUUCUUGCUUUUUUCAUAAUGUCAUCUAUGCAUUUGAGUUAUUAAUUUGUAGGCUGAAGAAAAGCUGGACUCCACACAGUGUUUAAGGAGGGAUCCUAUUCUGUACAUAUAUCCCAGAAUUCCACUUGAUAAUGUGAAGCCUUGGACUUCAGUAGCUAGCUCUGAAUUUUGUACUGGGAGGCCAGAUUGUCCCUGUGCAGCAGCUCAUCAAAUAUGAAGAGGAGAGAUGGUUCGUUUUUUUUUUUUUUCCUUUCUGUGACAGAGACAUGGCAGCAGAAUAACACAAUGUGGACAGUGUAAGAGCAAAUUUCAUCAGUGGAUGCGUGGUAGGCUGUCUUCUUAAACUCCCAAGUGAGUGUUAAAAGUCAUUAAAUUUUGGAUUAUGAAAUAAGUCCACAGGAAGGUGUUAAGAACAGAACUGGAUGAUAUUCAAGAGAAUGUUUUUAUUUAGGCUAAUUGGACUAUUAUCCCUUGUAGAAACCAAUCUGUGUUCAUUGCCCAGGAAGUUCUCCUGAUAAAGGAAAAGGUAUAAAGCGUAACAGGUGGUGGUGCUAAGUUAGAAAAGCUGACCUGUGUGGUGACUUUGGGCACCAUCUGUGGGUGGUGAUGACAUGGGCUCCUGCAGCCAGCAGAAGCAUGGGAUGCAAGCUUAGCAGGAAGCCUGUGCUUACAGCUUUCCUGGCUGGCACUGCUGAUGCUGCCUCCUCCCCUCCCAUGCUCUUUUUAGGCUUUGCAGUGAAAGAGUUUGCAACGAUGGUUACGUAGUUUUUCCACGUGUGGAGCAUAUCCUUUGUGAGGAGGCCAGACAGUGUGAAUUCAAAUAGCUUCAGGUAGGUUUAGAUGUUCUAUACCUCAAAAAGAGUUCCUACUGUCUGAUUUCAAGCAAAUCUUUUUUUGUAAAAACCAUUUGCCGAGUAACAUAAAGAGAAUCUUCUCAUGUGCAGUGUGCUGGACCCAGCCAGUGACAUAAUCCCUCCUGUAUUCAUUCACAUGCUCUGACUCUCCCCAGAAAAGACCUUGACAGACCAUUUCUUCUAGAACUACAGACUGCUAAUAAACUUUGAAUUACAUGGAAUUAAAAUUAGCCUUCCAAGAGCAACUUUUUUUCCCUUUUCCCUGUGCAUUUUUCCCCUUCAAUCAGAGCACCAGGAGACAGUUAACCUAAUGGAAUAGACUAGAAUUCAUAGUUUGUCACUUAGCAUAAGUAAGCUUUUUCAGCAGUGUUUUUUAAAUAUAGGACAUGUAUUUUUAGAGUGGUAUGGGUAAGUGAUUGAUGGUUGGGGGUGCAGAUCUUCAGCUGUUUUUUGCAUUUGAAAUAAUAGAGAGACAUAGUGGUUGUAAAAGCUGAUGGCUUAAUAGUCCCAAAAUUCAUUUUUCUUUGCAGAUAGAUAGUUACUGCAUUAGUUACCUAUCAGGUUUCUGCAUGCAGCUGGGUUUGGAGGUGCAGAGCUCACUUUGAGGCACAAGGGCAUGUGGCUUUGGGUAUUGUGCCUUCAGCCAGGGGCAAACCCAUUCCUUGGUGUCCUGCAGAGACCCUGUAUCCAGCACGGAGCAAUUGUACUGGGCAAACCUUUGAAAAGGCUUUGCUUUGGGACUCAGCUAUGGAGGUUUGAGGUUGUCUUUGAAAAGAUAUUCUAAUUUUAUAAGAAACCUUUUUUUCCCCAUUGUUCAGAAAUUAAAGAAGUUCACAAGUAAGAAAGUCUGUACGAGAUAAAUGCAUUGCUCUGGGCAAUGAAGCUUACUUUAGCUGAGGAAAUUUCAGUUUUACUACUUUGUAAAACUCCUAAUUGGUGUUAUUAAAUCCCAACCUCAAAUGAAAUACAACAAUUUGCAAAGAAAUUGCCUUGAAAAUUAGGCUUCCAAACAUGACUCCCUUCCCGCUUUUAAUUGCUGUACUUCUGUAGGUUCAUGUAGAGAAAAUAAUCUGAUAUUUUGUAAUUAUUGCCUGUGCUUUAUUUGGGCUGAAAUAAAAAUAUGUGGAUGCACUUGUCUCUGUCUUUGUGUUGUAUUUAAUGAAAGAUAAGAGUCCUGAAUAAGUAAUACAGAAAUAGGAGGUGCUUUACCUGGUCAUGGAAUGUUAUGUUGUUUGAAGAUAAUUUCUACAGGAAGCAGGGAGCUUUUCUUCUAAUGCUAAACAGUCUUCCCCAGGCAUGCCUCUCUGGAGUUCAAACUAUUCCUUGGGAGACUGGAUAUUUUGGUAAAAUCUAAAUGCCUUGAAUGAAUUGGGGCCUUAUUAACAAGUAUCAUUCAAUUAAGGAAUGUAUUCCCUUUUGGUUUCCUAAAGUAGGUGACUUGAAUAUUUACUUAAGUGUUAGCAGUUAUCCCAAAGGAAUUUCUAUCUUAAUUUCUAUCUUAACAUCUUAAUAAGAGACCCAGCAGUGUCUGUACUCUAUAAAAAGAAUCAGGAUCUAGGAAAGCAAUGAAACAUGCUUCAAUCAAAAUAGUAUUAGCCAAGUCAUUCCCUGCCUGUUCAAAAUACUGAGUGGGUGCGUGUCCUACAGCCAGGCCCUGUCCUUGGGUUUGGACCACAGCCCAAGAGCUGCCUUGUGUAUGACAGAGCCUUGGGCAAGGGCAGUUCUCAGAACAAGGAGCAGAGCUUUGGGCUGCUGGGCUGGGUU